AUGAGUACAUUUGUCUCUCAGUUUAACCCUUUAUUGGGCAAGAAUGAAUGGGUGAUCCAGGAUGAAAAUUAUGAUUAUCAUCAAGAAAUUGCAAGGUCAGCUUAUGCAGAUAUGUUGCAUGAUACUGAAAGAAACCAGAAAUAUUAUGCAGCACUGAAAAAAGCUAUAAAAAAGAAACGGGACCAGAAUGAACCAGUUAAUGUGUUAGAUAUUGGUACAGGAACUGGACUCCUUUCUAUGAUGGCUGCUACAAUUGGAGCAGAUUCUAUUACUGCCUGUGAGGCAUUUACACCUAUGGCUGAGUGUGCAAGAAAAGUGAUCCAGAAAAAUGGGUUUCAUGAUAAAAUCCAUUUAAUACCAAAACGAUCCACUGAAAUCACUAUUGGUGUUGGAAAGGACAUGCCCCAAAAAGCAAAUAUUUUGGUUACAGAAGUGUUUGAUACAGAACUAAUUGGGGAAGGAGCCCUAGGUACAUAUUCACAUGCACUCAAAAAUCUUCUGGAGCCUGACUGCUUAGUUGUUCCUCAUUCAGCAAGUAUUUUUGUACAAAUUGCACAGUCUGCAUUGGGUAGAAGCUGGAAUGAACUUCAACCAAUACUUAUUGAUGAUGCUCCUUCAGUGGAAGUACCUCCAGAAUUACAGAAUUGUGCCGGAGCACUAACUUUACAUGAUUUACAAUUAAAUCAGAUUUCACUUUCUGAUUUCCAUUCAAUCAGUGAACCACAGAAAGUGUUUGACUUUGAUUUUAGUGGCAAAAAAGAAUUACUGUUCAAUGAGAAAGUAGUCAAUAAGAUAGAAGCAAAGUCAAAUGGAAGCAUUGAUGUCAUCUUCAUGUGGUGGAAUCUCAAGAUGGAUGUAGAUGGAGAAAUUCUAUUAAGUUGUGCUCCUUAUUGGGCUCAUCCAGAGGGUUGUGAAAUUCAGUGGCGAGAUCACUGGAUGCAAGCUAUUUACUAUCCUUUUCAAUAUAUCACAGUCAAGGAAAGUGAGCAAAUUACUCUAACCAGUUGUCAUGAUGAAUAUAGUUUAUGGUUUGAUGUGACUACAGAUAAAAACCCAAAACAUUCUGAUGACAUUGAUCGUCCGGUCUGCACAUGUGGUGUCCAUCAUACUUAUGGGAGAACCCGCCUUGGCAUGAUAAAUGACACUGAGCGCAAUCAGAUCUAUAUCAAAGAACUUAAAAAAGUUAUUACAAAAAAUACCCAUUGCUUGUCCAUAAGUGAUGGCAGUUUACUUCCUUUUAUUGCUGCUCGACUUGGGGCCUAUAAGGUCUAUGUAUUAGAGCCUCAUGAAUCUGCAUGCCAUAUCCUUCAAUCAUUUGUUGAAUAUAAUCACCUUGAUGAUAUUAUUACAAUUAUUAAAAAGGCUCCAAUUGAUAUAACUCCAGAAGAAUGUGACUCUAUGCAAAUUGAUCUUGUGAUUGGUGAGCCCUAUUUCCAACCAAGUAUUCUACCUUGGCACAAUCUCCAUUUCUGGUAUGUGCUUAGCAAGUUACCAGUUUCCCUUAAAUAUAUACCACAAAGCAUGAAGAUCUAUGCAGUUGCCAUGGAAUUCAAAGAUCUCUCUAAAAUACGAUCUCCUGUUAAUUUUUGUGAAGGAUUCUGUCUAGAAGAAUUUGAUGAGUUGAUUGAGGAUUCAUCAAUAAGAGCAGACCAGAAUGUUGAGGCAGAACCUCUGUGGGAGUAUCCAGGUUAUGCCCUCUCAGAAAGUGUAGAGAUGAUUUCUUUUGAUGUGUCUACUGUUUUCUCAGAUACCAACAUAAGAUACCAAAAGUUUCUCGUUUUGAAAAGGGAUGGUCGUUGCAAUGGAAUUGCAUUCUGGGUUGAGUACAAAUUUGGAGAAUCUAUUAUCAGUACAGGCAUGAAGAUGCCAGAAAGCAACUCUUCUGAGGAGUUUGUCACAUGGGAUCGGCACACACGGCAAGGAGUUCAUCUACUGAAAUCCCCCAUCAGUGUUUCAUGUGGUUCAGAAAUACCUGUUGCUAUUACUUUUAAUUCAAAAUCUGGACAAAUCAUAAUGGACUUUGAGAAGAGCAGUUACUAG